AUUCUGAAUAAGGAUCGUUCUCAUUUUAUGUCAACUCUCUUAGAAGCUCUGGAUGACCGUAGCCAAGAAGAUCUCACACUGGAACUUGGUAAUGACCUUAGUAGCAGUGUUCUCAAACCUCCAGGAAGAGAGCAAAGAUGGAGACCUUCAAAGCCACCUGUUACAAAAACCAAACUGGGCCCAUUCCUUGAGCAACAUGAGUUAAGCGCCAUCAUGGAAGUGGAGACGCCCACUAGCGGCCGACGUUCUAGCGCAGGACUAGCUGAAAGCAAUGUGACUCAAACAGGUCAGAGUGAUUUUGCUAGAGCAACAGAAGUCCUUUGUCAUCCGGACAGAGAGCUAGAUCUUUCUGGACUGUCGAUUACCAGCAUUGACCGCAGUGGUAAUGAGAGCUCAAACCAAAGCCACACUAAACUAUCCUGGAGAGAAAUGUUAACUCUAGAACUAUCCCAUGAUCCCAGCAGCACAGAUAACCCUCAUAGUUCAGCAGCACCAGAUUUCCCUGCUGGUAAUGGAACAGAGCCUUUCCGUAACCCCUCAGCUCCACAAGGGACUGCAACACUUGUGAAUGCAAUGCAUGGGCAGACCCCAGAUGGCACCAGUGACUAUUUGUCUACAACCACCAUAUCAACUGGCAGUUUCCUGACCAGUGAGAAGUCUGAUUGCAGUCCGGCAAACUCUGAUGUCCUUUCAGAAUUGCAGAGAUGUGACUAUUCUGUAAUUGGGAAAGCCAGGGAUGGUAGUUCCAGUCCUUCAGCAGCCACUGCGGUGGUUCAAUCUGAUAUGAGAUGGCGAGAUUUCCUGACCCCAGUGGAGAACAGCAGGCACAUCCAGCAGAUCAUUGCGAAAUACACUAAAGACCUCCAUGUGUCACUUGAGAGGAACUUGAGCUUUCAUUCUCCUGAGACUGCCGUUGACACGUCAACUUUCUACCCCUUGGAUCCGAAACCAGAUUUUGAUGUGUCCACUCCUUCAUAUGCUCACUCAAACCCCACCAGCAGCUCUGUCUGC